AUGGAGGAUCUAUUUGCUUCAGUUAAAAGUGAUCUGAAGAACAAUGAUCCUGCUGCAGCAGCUGCAAAGAUUAAAACAUAUUUAGAAAAUAAUGAUAUUCCAUUAAAUAUUGCUAUCACAGGAGAAUGUGAUGCAGGCAAAUCAUCCUUUCUAAAAGCCUUUAGAGGCAUAAAAGAUAAAGAUGGGGGAGCUGAUGUUGUAGAUACCACCUCAGUGUACCCUCAUCCAAAAUAUCCCAAUGUUACUUUCUCGGAUCUUCCUGGAAUCGGCAGCACCAAAUUUCCAGCGGAUGAGUACUUAAAGCUUGUUGGAUUUGAGAAGUUUGACUUCUUUAUCAUCAUCUCAGCUGAUCGCUUCAGAGAAAAUGAUGUGAAACUCGCAAAGGAGAUUCAAAAAAUGAAGAAAAAUUUCUACUUUGUUCGCACAAAGAUUGAUAACAACAUAAAAGCUGCACAAAGAAAGAAAGACUUCAGUGAAGAGAGGACUCUUACCCAAAUGAGGGAAGAUUGUGUUCAAGGUCUUAAAGAACAAGGCAUCGAGUCUCCACAGGUGUUCCUGGUGUCCAGCUUUCAUCCCCACCUGUAUGACUUCUCUCUCUUACAAGAAACCUUCGACAGAGAACUUCCUGAACUCAAGAAACAUGUUCUGCUAUUGCCUGUGCAGAAUAUCAGCCUGGAGAUCAACAACGGAAAAAAAGAAGCUUUUCUGACUAAGUUAAAGUUCUUCACUCUGCUGUCUGCAGCUGCAGGAGCUGUUCCAGUUGCUGCAGUUUCUGCUGCUGUUGAUCUGAGCUUGAUGGCUGCAUUUGUCAGAG